GCUUCCUCUCCGCCUCCUCCGCUUGCCUGGGAGUGCUCCGAGGGAAGCAGUGUGUUACUGGCCGGUUUGGAAACGUUGCUUUGGCGAAUACAAGAUGACGGGUUCGAACGAGUUCAAUCUGAACCAGCCACCCGAGGAUGGGAUCUCCUCGGUCAAGUUCAGCCCCAACACCUCCCAGUUCCUCCUGGUCUCCUCCUGGGAUACGUCUGUGCGCCUCUACGAUGUGCCCGCCAACUCCAUGCGACUCAAGUACCAGCACACCGGUGCUGUCCUGGACUGCGCCUUCUACGAUCCAACGCACGCCUGGAGUGGAGGAUUAGAUCAUCAACUGAAAAUGCAUGAUUUGAACACUGAUCAAGAAAAUCUUGUCGGAACGCAUGAUGCCCCUAUCAGAUGUGUGGAAUACUGUCCGGAAGUGAACGUCAUGGUUACUGGAAGUUGGGAUCAGACAGUUAAACUGUGGGAUCCCAGAACUCCUUGUAAUGCUGGCACCUUCUCUCAGCCGGAAAAGGUGUACACCUUGUCAGUGUCCGGGGACAGGCUGAUUGUGGGUACAGCAGGCCGCCGGGUGCUGGUCUGGGACCUGAGGAAUAUGGGCUAUGUGCAGCAGCGCAGGGAGUCCAGCCUGAAGUACCAGACGCGCUGCAUCCGCGCCUUCCCAAACAAGCAGGGUUAUGUGUUGAGCUCCAUUGAAGGCCGAGUGGCGGUAGAAUACCUGGACCCAAGCCCCGAGGUUCAGAAGAAGAAGUAUGCCUUCAAGUGUCACAGGCUAAAGGAAAACAACAUUGAGCAGAUUUACCCAGUCAACGCCAUUUCCUUCCACAAUAUCCACAAUACGUUUGCCACAGGUGGUUCUGAUGGAUUUGUAAAUAUUUGGGAUCCGUUUAACAAAAAGCGACUAUGCCAGUUCCACCGAUACCCCACUAGCAUUGCAUCUCUUGCCUUCAGUAAUGACGGAACUACACUUGCAAUAGCUUCGUCCUACAUGUAUGAAAUGGAUGACAUGGAGCAUCCUGAAGAUGGUAUCUUCAUUCGCCAAGUGACAGAUGCAGAAACAAAGCCCAAGUCCACGUGAUCAUCUGGUAGAAAGCUUCACUUCCUGCCAACACUCGCUUCCCCCAGGGGCUGCUUGUAGUCCCCGGACUCUGUCUAGUUUGUCUAGUUUUGGGUUUCUCUGUCUCCUGUCAACAGAAAUGUCUCUGUGUACUCUGUAAUUGUUUGGGGUGGGAGGCUCCGUGCCCUUGUACAGUAGUUGGAUGCUCCUGUCCCUAAGUAAUUCCUGUUGCUGUUGUUAAUGCUCCAGCUCUUUGUAGCACUAUCUAAAACUGUUAAUAUUUUUCUGCUGUCAAAUAAAUCAGAUAUUUGAAACUUUUAAAAGUUGGGUGUUUUUAAAGAUUUUGCUAAUUAUUGUCAUUUACUGUAUAACGACUUUUUAGACAAAGUGCUCUUCAUCAAGGACAUGUUUAAAUGUUCUCUGCUUCAUUUAUUUAUGUCUGCUCUUGUACAUUGGGAAUCCAGCCCUGGAUAAAGAAUCCAUGUGAGUU